UAUUAAAAAUUCCCGCCAUUUAAAUAUUGUCACGUGAUCGGUCACAUGAUUUAUCAAAAUGGUUGCCGUUUCAAUAAUUUUGACAGGCAUUUUUAUAAGUUUAUUUUCAAUUUUGCUGCUCAAACUUGAGAGACUUAGAAGAAAUAUAGACAGACUUGGAGGACCAAAAUCACUGCCUAUAAUAGGAAAUGUGCACCAGCUGAAAAGAAAUCCAAAAGAAUUUACCAAGCAAUUGUUACAGUUGUUUGAUGACUUUUCACACUUACAAGUGUUCCGUCUACUGAUAGGAUGGCACCCUAUGAUAUUUGUUUGUAGUCCUGAGGUGGCUGAGCCUUUAUUAAAUAGUUCAAGUCACCUAGAUAAAUCCUCAGAUUACAGAUUCAUUCAACCAUGGUUAGGUACAGGGCUAUUAACAAGCACAGGGGAAAAAUGGAAAAGCAGAAGAAAACUUCUAACACCAUCUUUUCACUUUAAAAUUUUACACAAUUUUGUCGGCGUGUUUAAUGAACAGGCAAAGGUACUCUUGGAGAAGAUGACCGCUCAUGCAGAUGGUAAAACUGUUUAUAACGUGUUUGAUGACAUCACGUUGUGUGCUCUAGAUAUAAUCUGUGAGACAGCCAUGGGAAGGAGCAUAAAUGCACAGAGAAAUAGUGAUUCAGAAUAUGUACAGGCAGUAUGCAAGAUGUCAGAGUAUACAAUAUUGAGGGCAAGGACACCUUGGUUAUGGUCAGAUUUUCUCUUUAAUCUGAUUGGUCCAGGCAAGGACUAUACCAGAUGCUUGUCCAUACUACAUGACUUUACAGAAAAGGUUAUACAAGAAAGGCAAGCAGAGUUUAUUACAAGGCAUAACAGUGACACUACAAUGGAGAAAUUGAUAGAAGAGAAAGGGGAAGAUAACUCUGUAGGCACGAAAAAAAGACUAGCGUUUCUAGAUAUGCUUUUGUGUGCAACGGAAGGACCACAGAAAUUGACCUAUGAAGAUAUCAGAGAAGAAGUGGAUACAUUUAUGUUUGAGGGUCAUGAUACUACAGCUACUGCGUCAAGCUGGGCUCUACAUUUCAUAGGGGCCAACCCUGAAGUUCAGAGAAAAGUUCAUGAAGAAAUGGAUAGAAUAUUUGGUAAAAAUGAUAGAGAUGUGACCAUAGAUGAUCUCAAAGAAAUGAAAUAUCUGGAAUGUUGUAUUAAGGAAUCUUUGAGGAUAUUUCCAUCUGUUGCAUUGUUUGGUAGAAGUUUGACAGAGGACACUGUUAUAGGUGGGGUAAAUAUAGCUAAGGACACUACUGUUGUUAUAGCUUCAGCAGCUAUUCAUAGAAAUAGAAAUAUCUAUCCUGACUCGUUGAAAUAUGAUCCAGAUAGGUUUCUACCAGAAAACUCUGUGUCAAGACACCCAUUUGCAUUCAUACCUUUCUCUGCUGGGGGUAGGAACUGUAUAGGUCAGAAGUUUGCAGUUCUAGAGGAGAAAGUUAUCCUUUCAACCAUAUUUCGUAACUUCAAUGUGAAGAGUACUCAAAAAAGGGAGGAGUUGUGCCCUUUAUUAGAGCUGAUGUUGAAACCAGCAAAUGGAAUAGAUGUUAUAUUAACAAAAAGAAAUAGAGAAACUUUGACAUGAAUCUUAAAUAUAGGAUAGACUUUGAUAAGAUAUCUUUCUCUGUGAUAUUCUAUUAUUUUGAUUUUUAACUUUCAAAGAAAAAAAACAGUUAUGAAAGCUGUGUUGUUCUUUGAUGUGCAAAAUCCUAAAUAUUUUAAAAAGUGUCAACACAAAACUUGAAAUACUUGCUUAAUUUGACAAAGGUGUAGUUGUUAGACAAGGGGCAUUAUUAUUGUAGCAAUAUUUUAGAGUACUGCCCCUUUUUAACUUGCAAUCAAGAUUAGUGAAAACUUGGAAAAUUGCUUAUUUUGAGUUAGAUAAGGGUAUUAUUCUGGUAGCAAUAUAUUGGAGUGACCUGCCCCUUUUUAGCUGAUGUUUUUUUUUAUCAAAAUUGCCUAUAAAGUACAAUGUUGAAUUAUUUCAAAACUAUAUAAAGUAAAGUAAGGAAAUUUAAAAAUACUUGUUUAUUAUGAUGCUGCACAAUUUUAAGACAAUUAAUAAAUUUAUUUCACAAGCUAUAUUUUUGGAGUUAUGCACCUUCUCAACUUAUUUUUGUCUUCUCAAAAUAUGCUUGUUAAGUAAAAUGAUUUCCAAAAUAUGAAUGGUAUUUAAAGUGGUAUGAUUAGGAAACUUAAAAUAGUUGUUUUUACAUGACAAGGCCCAGUUGUAAGACAAAGGGACAUUAUUCUGAAAGCUACAUUUUUUAGAGUUAUGCCCCUUUUUGACUUUGAAUUUAUCAUCAAAAUGCUUAUUAAGCAGAAUUAAGUACUUCAAAACUAUCAAAGCUAUCAACAUGACACUUUGAAUUCUUGAUUAUCAUUACAAGGCAUAGUAUGCUAGGGUACAUAAUCUUGAGAGCACUACUUUUAGGAAUUAUUCCCCUUUUUAACUUCGAAUAUUUAUAGAAAAAUUGGUUAUUGAUAAUUUUGCAAAUACAUAUACGUAUUUAUAGAAAAAUUGGUUACAUGGUUGAUAUGAUUGCCAAAAUGUAUUGAAAAAAUUGGUAAUUAUUAAGUUUGCCAAUAUUUAAAGAAAAAUUGGUUAUUUAUAAAUUUGCCAAUAUUUAUAGAAGUAUUGGUUAUUUAUAAGUUUGCAAUUAUUUAUAGAAAAAUUGGUUAUUUAUAAGUUUGCCAAUAUUUAUAGAAAAAUUCGUUAUUUAUAAGUUUUCCAAUAUUUAUAGAAAACUUUGUUAUUUAUAAAUUUGCCAAUAUUUAUAGAAAAAUUGGUUAUUUAUAAGUUUGGCCUAAGCAGACGGGCAUUAAUACUGCAUUUGUGUACAUGUAUAUAAGCUCAGGGGCUUUUUUUUCUAUAUUUCAAAGACUUUGUUUACCGGAUUCUGAUCUCAGAAAUACCAUAGGAAUCUAAUUAGUUCUUCAACCAGACUGAUAUCUAUAGUGACUUAUUUACAUUAAUAACUUGUCUGUCUGUAUAACUUGUAUAUAUUAGAACUUAAGGUGGUAUAUUAGAACUUAAGGUGGAUUUGUCUGCCAUGGGAGUACAAUAUAUUUCAAAUAUUGAUAAAAUAUUAUUAUUAUAUGUAUUAUUUGGAUAUUCUUAAGAAAAAUAUUUCUUGGAAGAAAAAAAUAUUGAUAAAGUUCUUAUUGGUUUAGUAAUUGGACGUUUGUAUGAUGGAUAAUAAUAGUUUGUUCUAGAACAAUUUGUUAUCUGCUGUAUAGAGAUAUGUCCUAUAUGAUCAUAUAUAUCGCACUAAUGAUUAUUUUGUAGUUUAUUGUCACAUAUGAUACUAAGUAUUAUCAACAUUAUUGUUUGUGGAAUUACAGAACAUAUACUUUAAUUAUUUUAGAAAUGAGCCAACUUGACUCCUAUUCUAUACUAAUAUGUAUGAUAAUAAUCAAAUGGUUAAAAUACAUAAAAUAUACAAUAUCGUUGUCCGUUGAUAUGUUAAUCUUGCAUUAAAAUAGUCUAGAUAAAGAAAUCCAGACAAGGUGAACUGUAAUACAUUUAUCCUAUUGAUCUUGUUUACACAUAUUUCCAUUAUGGAACAAUUCACUUUAAGCUCAAAGGACUGUGAUAUUAAUUUCAUAUACAAUAUAAAUACAAAUGUACACUGUUAUGAAUUUUGUUAUUUAUUAUUUUGAGUUAAAGGAGCUUCACUGAGGUAAAAAAAAAAACUAAAAUUAUAAAAUUUGAAAUUCUUACAUAGAUCUGUUUAAGCAUUGAAAUAGGAUAAUAAAGAUUGCAAUGCUUUUCUUAUUUGGGUCAUAUUGCACAAUGUAAAUGAUUAUUCUGGAAAAAAAACUUGGUGAAAGAAUAAUCUGAAAAUUUAAAUUUGCAUUUAAGUUGUUGGUCCACGGUUCUUCAUCAAAUGGUACACAAAUUUUGAAAAAGUCUUUCCUAUCCCAUCAUGUCAAAAAACAUCAGUGGAGUUCCUUGAAUUGGCAUACAUUUUAUUAUGCCCUCCUUCGACAAAGAGUGGGUAUACAUGUAUCGUUUUGCUAAUGUCGGUCCGUCAGUCUGUCUGUCGGUAGACCACAUGGUUUCCGCUGAUUAUCUUGAAAACUAUUUAUCACAAAGUCUUCAUAUUUCACAUAGUGAUUGGUCAAAACUAGCAGAUGACCCCUAUUGAUUUUGGGGUCACUAGAUCAAGGUCACAGGGGCCUUAAAUGUCAGAAUGGUUUCCGCUGGUUAUCUUGAAAACUAUUUAUCACAAAGUCUUCAUAUAUCACAUACUGUUUGGUCAUAACUAGUAAGUACCCCUGGUGAUUUUGGGGUCACUAGGUCAAUUGUCAAGGUCACAGGGUUCUUGAAUGGUAGUAUGGUUUCCGUUGAUUAUCUUGAAAGCUAUUCAUCACAAAUUCUUCAUAUUUCUAAUAUUGGUUGGUCAUAAUAUUAGAUAACCCCUAUUAAUUUUGGGUUAAUAGUUCAAAGGUCAAGGUCACAGAGGCCUUAAAUGUCAAAAUGGUUUCCGCUGGCAUUAUCUUGAAAACUAUUUAUCACAAAGUCUUCAUUAUUUUUCUUUUUUCCAUAAUUGAACACUUCCAUGUACCCAUUUAUGGCAAGUGUCUAUUAUAAUUAUAUUAUUAUUAUUAUUAUUAUUAUAUACCAAACUUCUUAAGCACUUUUUUCAUGCACAUUAACAUAUUCAAAAAUACUGUACAGUAACCUAAACCAAAUAAAUGAUACAUACAUGUAUUUAAAAAACAAAUUAAAACAUCAAUAUUGCUCAAGUCACAAAUUCAAGUCAAAUGUAGUUUUAAAAGUUAAAAAGACCCACAUAAAUAAUAAAAUACAGGUAAGACUUUAAGAAUUUGUUAAAAAGCGAACCUUUAAAUGUGAGUCAAAGGCUAGAAAGGGGCGCAUAUUAGUCGUUCGACAUUUCUUGUAUUUAUAUUUGAAUAAAAGAUGAAUAAAAUAA